GAGAAUUACAAGGUAGUACCUUUUUCUGUCCCACUUUCAGAUAAAGCAAAAGCAGGAGAAAAGCAGAAAAGAAAAGAAAAACAUUAAGAGAGAGAGAGAGAGAGAGAGAGGAAAGCAAUAAAGAAAGUAGUAAAGAGCGGAAGGAAACAAUAAAGGCAAAGGUUCUUCUCAAACUCCACGAUUUAAUUUUUUCCCAGGAGCAGGAAUUGGUAACCCAGAAGGGCGACCUAGCUAGCUACCUUAAUUAUCUGCCUCUGACCGGAGCUUCCACAAAGACUCUGUUUGGUGAGAAGGAAAAUAGAAGCACGUACUUGAUAUUUCAAUUCCCAAGUGGAGGACAAUAUAUUCUUGAGUGAGUGGUGGAUCAAGAUCAAGAUCAUUUGAGAGUUGAAUUAAUUAUUGAUAAGGGGAUCGAUGAAUAGAGGUGGUGUGUUGCAGAAGUCACCAGUGCAACAGAUGGUGGCGGCCGGCGGCCCAGGUGGGUGGUGGAGCAUCAAUACGGCCAUGCGGCCAGGAGCAUUACCCCAACAGCCAUCUCCUUUUUUGACAACUUCCCCUGCUUCUAAUUCAAAUCUAUUCCCACCAGCUGCUCCCUACACACUACUCCCCACCUCUUCUUCUCUUCCUGCCACUUCCUCCAAUUGGCAUGACCAUAGUACUGCCCAGGAGCUUCCUGACUCCUGGAGCCAACUUCUCCUUGGGGGAUUUGUGGGAGAAGAAGAGAAAAGUGGGCAUCAUCUGAGUCAACUUCAACAACAACAACAUCAUCAUCAUCAUCAAGCUCUAAAUUUGGAAUUAGUAAAGCAAGAGAACUCUGCAAAUCCUUAUGUGUAUGGUCAUGGAAAUGAAGAUCAGUUUCAUCACACUCCAAGGCCACUCCCAACCACUCAUUGGUCGUCUCACAUGAACAACACUACUAAUAAUAAUCCAGCGGCUGCCACUUCUUCUCCCAAGUCUCGUCCAAUUCCCACAACUGCUUUCAGCAGUAACAUGUUGGAUUUCUCUUCCAAGCAGCCAUCAGAUGCUAGAAAUCCUCUCCCAGUUCGCUCCUCUGAGGGUAACAGCGGUGCUGCUGCUACCACUGGUGGGGCACUUAAGAAAGCAAGGGUUCAAAGUUCCUCAUCGUCCAACUCUGCCUUCAAGGUGAGGAAGGAGAAAUUAGGAGAUAGAAUUACAGCCCUUCACCAGCUAGUUUCCCCAUUUGGCAAGACUGACACAGCUUCGGUGUUGUUAGAAGCUAUUGGGUACAUCAGAUUCCUUCAGAGUCAAAUUGAGGCCCUCAGCUUACCCUACUUGGGCAGUGGUUCGGGAAACAUGAGGCACCAUCAUUCUGUGCAAGGGGAGAGGAAUUGUAUAUUUCCCGAAGACCCUGGUCAGUUGCUUAAUGAUAACUGCAUGAAGAGAAAAGCAACCCAUGAGCAGGAUUCUCAUCACGAAGAAGGAAAGGACUUGAGGAGUAGAGGGUUGUGCUUGGUUCCGGUGGGCUGCACUCUGCAAGUUGGGAGUGACAACGGAGCAGAUUACUGGGCUCCAGCCAUCGGCGGGGGAUUCCGAUAGAUCGACCGGUCCAUAGAUAUUGAUAGCUAGAAGAUCAAACUUUAAAUAAAUAUAAUUAAGCUCUAGCACACUAAGCGCAAGCUUCUUAAUUCAUUGAUUAAGUGAUAUAACAUCAUGAGCAGUCACUCUGCAAAAAUCUAAGGCUGAUUGCUCAUGAUGCUAUGCAUUAAUUCUUGAAUAUUAGAUACAUUUGCAGGUGUGCUAUUAUUAAUUAUUGUUGCAUUAAACAUGGUCUAGCUUGCUAGCUUUGACAGUUUUAGUUUAAACUUCUAAUUUAAUUAAGAUGAUCAAUCUUACUAUUAA